AUGGCUAAAGGAACGUACUCAUUGGCAGAAGUACUGGCCGUUGCGAAAAAUCAUCCUUUCUAUAAUGAGACUGUUAUAUACCCAGCCGACUCACAAACAGUAACGAAAUUUCAGAAUUCUACUCGCAGUAAAGAAAAGGAAUUAGAUCUUCAACAACAGCCAUUGCUUGAUAAAAAAAUACUGUACAAAUCAAUUGAAAGACUCACUCAUGAUGUGGAUCCCAGGAACACCUAUCGCCAUGGCUCAUACAUGAGUAUUACUGGCGGUGGAUCUGGCGCAAUUCCCAUGAUGUUCGCCGUAGACGUGCAUGAGAAUCGUCGACAGCGGGCUCGGAUGGGAGAUUUACUUAGGAUCUGUGGUGUGAUUGAACCGAAAGACUUGGUGUUGUCUACUCACUUGGCUGGAGGGUUUUACAGAUCACUAGAUCUAACAACAGAGAUUAUAGAGAAUGCAGGAGGAACUGUGCUUAGCGCCGGUGCUUACAUGCCACCCGCCGAAGUUUUACAAUCUCUAGCUAACUAUCAUGUCAACGCUCUCACCGGCGACGGUAGCCAAAUUGUUCAGACUGUCCAGCACAUCUCAAUGAUGGCGAAAGAAGAUCGUGAGCGUAUCGUUCUGAACAAGAUCAUCUACACCUCAGAGCCAUUGACCGGUCCUCAACGCAUAUUUAUCAAGUCUGUGCUAGGGGAUGUCAUGAUUUUCUCCAUAAUGGGUAGUGCUGAAGCAGGUCCCUGGGCAAUCAGCAAUCCAAAGCUGACUGGAGAGCAAAAUGUUACAGAAAUCACCACCGAUUUCAUCUUUGACACGCGAAGUAUGUUGCUCGAGAUCUUUCCCCAAGAUCCCCCUUCCGUCAGUGACGAUAUAGCUCCACUCAUUUCCGAAUGCCUUUCACAAGGAGAGAAAGGUCUCAUAGUGCAAACUUCGCUUCAAAGAUUGCGCAACCCAUUAGUACGCUAUAUCACCGGCGACAUUGGCUCUAUUCAUCCACUUCCAGAUACUGCUUCUGUUGUAGAUCCUGAGUUUGACCGGAAGUUUUUACGUAUUCUACGUAUGCAAGGGCGUGAUCGUCGAUUCAGCUUCAAGUGGUAUGCUGCUUAUUUUGAGUUUCAGAGAAUUGAAGCUUUCAUGCAAGAAAAAGAAUAUGGUAUCUUGCAAUGGCAAAUCAUCUUGGACCGAUUGGAUGAUAUACCGCAAGCGAGCCUGGAAAUCCGUUUACUUCGAUCACCUCCACGAGAUGAUAUCUUCUCUGUUCAAACUUUAACAGAACGAUUAGAGAGCUUUUUUCUCAUUAUCCCAGAAAACAAACAUCUGGCACGAAUUGUGUUCCUGGAUAAUCUGGAUGGGUUCGAGCGAAGCAAUACUGCGGGAAAAGUAAUCAAAUUUGUGGACCGUUGGCACUGA